ACGUGUCUCUGCGCCGGAAGUUCAGUAGAAGAAGAAGGAGAAAUUUUUGGUGCUAAAAUCGUGCUAGUUAAAGGCUAAGAAAGAACGUGAAACACAAAUCUGCUAAAACCUACGGUCACAAUGCUUCCCUUAUCUCUUUUGAAGACUGCCCAGAACCAUCCUAUGCUGGUGGAGCUGAAGAACGGAGAGACGUACAACGGUCAUCUGGUCAGCUGUGACAACUGGAUGAACAUCAACCUGAGAGAAGUUAUUUGCACAUCAAGGGAUGGAGAUAAGUUCUGGAGAAUGCCUGAGUGUUAUAUCCGAGGAAGCACAAUCAAGUAUCUUCGAAUCCCUGAUGAGAUCAUCGACAUGGUGAAAGAGGAGGUGGUGUCUAAAGGUCGUGGCCGAGGGGGGGCCCAGCAGAACAAACAGCAGGGCAAAGGAAGAGGAGGUGCCGGCAGAGGUUUGUUUGGCGGCCGAGGCAGAGGAAUGACCGGCCCUGGUCGGGGUCAGCAGCCGCCACAGCAGCAGGAUAAGAAACCAGGCAAACCACAGGGAAUGAAGAACCAGCACUGACAGAUGUUAACACUCAGACACACGUCUUGUUCUUCAAUGAUAACUCCCUCAGCACUUGUGGAUAAAAUAACUGGUGUUUCCUUUCACUGUGUUGUUUGUCCUUACUGACCAGCACAGAAAAAACAUCAGGAGAAGUUGAAAGAAGCUGUGCAUUUGCACUGGAUUUAGUUUGUUUUCUUAUAGCAUUUACCCUCAGUAUGUUUGUAUCAACAUUUUUUCUUAUCUUAAACCAGUUUGUGAUAACAUUGGAAGAACAUUUUGUAUCAUUGACAUAAUAUUAUCCCACAGAAACCCAGUUUUCCAUCAGUUGGUACACUGGAAUGAGGCUUAUAUUUUUCAUUUUAGAUGUUUUUCUUGUCAGCUUGUCUCUUGAGGUGUUGUUUUUCCACAGUGAAGGAAGUAUCCAGGUCUGACUUAAUUUACAUUUUUUAAACUUGGCUCUUUAUCUUUGUUUUCCGACAUUGUCUGGUUUGUAAUCUUUUUGUUUGUCUGCUGUGCUGUUCGGUCCGAUCAGGCAGGUUGGGCAGCAGACCGACAGGCUUGGGAUGAAGAUUAAGUCCUUGAGAAAUAAGCAUUUGUAAGACGCAUGAUAAUGAAAAGGAUUACCUUAAAACAGUUAUCAUGUUCUUACAUCUGAAAAAGUCCAUUAUGUCAUGAUGAUUGAGUUUCAUUUUAUUUUUGUAACAAAAGACGAUGUUGUAAUUUAUUUACACAAGCACAUGAGAAUAAAACAACUUUUGUUAAAAUGGUGG